UUCCGCAUAAUCGAUUCUCGCCCCACUGAACCAUGGCGUCGGCUGCCACUGCGGCAUCAGCGUCCGUGGGGAGAUGGAACUUCGCCCUGAGUCUCGUCCUUCUCGUGCUGUGCCUGCAGCGCUGCCUGUGUGUAGACCAAGUGCCCGUGCUGCUGUGGUCCACGCAGAGUUCGCUGUGGAGCUCUGAGCCACCACCACACGUGGGCCACAUCGUGUCAGAGUCACAGCUGGAGCAGCAGUUCCUCAAACCAGUGCCUCGGAGCCAGCUCCUACUGCUCUUCAUUCAGGACAAGCUGAGCGUUGACGACUUCACAAGAUUUGGUGCAUUUGCUAAAAGGAAUGAAAAUGCCUUCUCAAGUGUACAGACGGCGCUCAAAUCGUCGCCGUCCUCGCUCGUGCUGCCCGCCGUCGAUUGGUGGGCCGCCAACGAGCUGGCGUCGAAGCUGAGCCAGCGCACGGCCGGUGCCGUCACGGAGGUGAAGGACUUCCCUGUUCCGCUGGCGUCCCUGACUCGAGACAGUCCGGGGCUCACCGUCGUACAUCUCCCAGCUACGGCAAGUGCAAGUGAGGAGGCACGUGGAAGGGCACUGGCGAAAAAUGAUAAAAUCAUUGGCCAGGUGAUGAAACUGCUUGAGGAAGGGGGCCAGUCCUUCACAGCCGUGUACACGGCAAGCCGGCCGUCCAAGGUGCCAACGGGCAACGACUGGGGACGGGAUGAGCUGGCGGCCGACUGGCACGUCAACCGCCAGCUGCUGCAGGCGGCGACCAAGGCCCCGCCGGCGCCCGCCGGCUCCCACGCGCCGCUCGUGGUGCAGAACGGCACGCAGCCGUGCAUCGCCUUCUGGGCCCGCCGCCUCCUCGUCGGCUUUGGCAGCUCUGCCGCCGCCACGUACGACCUCACGAAUGCCACCUUCGUCUCGGGGCUGGUGAACAGCAACGCGUCGGUGUGCGACACGGACAACUCUACGCUGGUCCUAUCUUACUCAAACUUGAGAAUCUCCAAUCUGCCGGUCACCAACUUGAACAUUGAAAUAAGGCUUUCCCAGCGCCAUUACCCGGUGUCCAACCGGAACUGGAUGACGGUGGAGCAACUCAUCAUGGAGGCUGUGAACGAGACGGCGGGGGGCGGCGCCAUGUCGUGGAACGCGACGGAGCAAUACGCGGUGCGCUGGGCGUCCAACCCCUCCGAGUACUCCUACAGCUGUGGCGCCGUUGACUCGGAGCCCCGGCACAGUGGCAUGGUGCUCAUGGGCAGCUUCGGCCCGGAUGCCUCGCCCGCGGAACGCCAGAGGCAGAUCCACUUCUCCAUCGAGGGAUUCCAGAUCCAGGGCUCGGCGGCGAUGCGUAACGGCACAGCGUUCGCCUACGCCAGCGACUGUGCCUCCUUCUUCACGCCCGCCAUCUGGAUGGGCCUCGUGUCGGGCUUUGUGCUGCUGCUCGUUCUCACCUAUGCCCUGCACAUGCUCUCCUCCAUCAAGACCAUGGACCGCUUCGACGACCCCAAGGCGCCCGGCCUCUCCAUCCCGCAGACGGAUUAACCGCUCGCUUGCGCGCGUGCGAGAGAGAGUUAGAGAGCGUUAAACCCAGACGCUCGCCGUUAUUACGACCCACCCACCCCCCUCCCCCACUCCCUCCCCCCUGUAAAAUGCGGCUGAUAAUUACACUCCCAAAGUUGCCGAAAUUUAGUUCGUGUUCAGUUGAUUGUUGUAUGCAUUCAAUUUGUAACAGAUUAAGGGAUGUGUAUAUAUGUAUACAGGGUGAUCCGUUUAUAGAUACUCUGCUGAUUAGUUAAAUUACCCUCGUAAUUAUGUUCAGCACGUGAUGGGAUAUUGUGAAAGCGGUGUCUGUCUGCAUACCUUACAGGGAGGGGAGUUGUUAAGAUUCAAUUUGUGUAUUGGUGAGAGAUGCGCAGACGCCUUGAAUUAAAUCGAACGGUUUCCCUAGUCUCAUUAUUUUGGUGGGGUAUCUAUACAUGGAUCACGUAUAAUACAGUGUUGAUUGUAGGGGGGGGAAAGUCAAGCCUUUGAAAGAUUCAAUUUUGUUUGUCAGUUGGAAAAGACUGACCUUUGCUCAAAGGUUGCUGCAUUUAUUAAUUCGGUCAUGCUCCAUGAAUAUGGUGCCAUCAAUUUUGCUGUGAGCAUAAUCAGUGUAACCCAGGCUGCGAGUAACACACGGGUGAAUAUUGACUUGCCUAAAUUGCCUGGGUGUCGUACUCUUGGGUGACCUGGCUCAAGUGUACGAGUCAAGCUACUUUUGUCCGCUGUAGCAGCAGCAACAGCGUGGAAUCUGUCUUUGUGGGCCGGGUGUCGUUUGGAAUGGGAAAACCGGACCAGAUUCUGAGGCCAGUGACCUGGAUGCUGAUUGGGACUCACUGCUGCCACCGCCGCCCGCCCGCAUGCUUGCGAGGACAACCAGAGGUGGUCAAUUUGCAGUGCUUUUGACCUCAAUCCACUUCAGGUUUCAUCGUCAGCCAAUCAACGUGUGUGUGUGUGCAAUGAUGAAUUGAGUGACUAUACAUUUUAUGAAUGGGAAAUACUGGUAGGUAGAUUUGAGCUGAGCAGUGAGGAGGAGAGAGGAUGUUUGCAAACGAUUUGGAAGAUGAGUUAAUUAACUCGGCAUGCACGGCAUGUCGCGUAGGUGGCCCGCGUUUAUUGAGAAGGGCACAGCACGUGGCUUGGCACACCCGUCCAAACAUUUGUGCUUGGAGGCAGCUGCGUCCCUCGUCCCCACAAUGUCUCACCUAAAGAAACCUCGGCAAUGGGUUCGCUGCUCGUAUUUAAAAGUUAAAGUCGCAAUUUGUCCAUGAGAAAAGUUGUACACAAAAUAACCAACAUUUCAUGCUUUAAACGUAUCGGAAGGCUGCAGGAAGAACAUUUAAAGCAUAUUACAGUUGCCUUGAUGAUGAGCGGUGAUUUUGUGAGAAGCCGUUAAACCAGUGCGCAGCAUUGACGUGGUACAUUGUGUUACAGGGCAAACGUUUUGAAUUGCCACUCGUUUUAAUUUAAGUGUACUCAUUAUUUGCUGUGUUGGCACGCGCCAAUCCAGGAAAACACCCCAUGCCGUUUGGUGGUACGAGCAGAGUACAAGACAGAGUCGGCACUUUAAUUGGUCGUGCCAAUGGCUGGUGAACCGAAUUGGAGAGAUGUACGAUAUUGUGUUGAUUACAUAAAUGUUUGCGUGCUUAUGGACCAAUCACUGUCUGCAAUUUACCUGGCAAUUUUCCUCCCCCAAAAUGGCCAACCCGUCACUUCAAAAGUUGGAGUUAAAAAAAUAAACUUGACCCACUUACGUCAUCGUAAUGAUACAUUUACAGCAACAUCGGUGUACAACGCGUUGAAGGAAUAAUUCGGAUGUUGAAUAUGCCAUCUAAAAUUACGGGCUCCAAGUCCCACUGCACUCAAACAUCAGUUGUAAACAACAUUCUGAAACAUCGCCCUCUGUUGGAAUGGUUUUAAACUGCAGUGUUCAAACUUGGCCAGCUAGAAUUACAAAAUCAAUUGCAUUGCCCAGGUGACACCACUGGCACUUAGAAAUACUAAACUACAAUGCUUACAAGGCGUACGUGCCAGCAGCUUAGGAAAGAUUUUGUUUACAAUUGAAUGCCUCUUCCGCUGUUGUAUUGGGUAAAAUGUGUGCCUUUUGAACUGUCAGAAUGUGCCUGCCAAGACGCAACUUGCACGCAUGUUCCUUAGUGUGAUUUAUUUUAAUUUGCCACAUGACGUUGUUUACUCCUUGGCAAUGAAUUGCCUUUUUUCCUAAUCAAGAGUUUAAAUAAAUCCAACUGGAAAGGCAAAUAUGCCGAGAAAUUUGACAGGUUUUUUUUUACGCUGGCAAGUAAAUAUGUUUAAGCCAUCGUUGGCCCACUUAUAUAGAUGGGUGUGAAACGCAUAGUUUUUUUGGAAAGGUGCCUUAUUAUAUGAAUCGGAAUCCCUAAUAAGCAAUAAAAAAACCUAAUUUGUGAUUGCUGGUGUGCCAAAUUCAUCGGAGGUCCCAUUUGAAAGCUGCAAAGACCCCGAUAUUUAAUAAUUAUAAUAAAACAGAGAAUCGGCCUUGCCUUCUGAAUUUUUUUUCUAAUCUUGUGCUUAUGUCGCACGAUAAUGUGAUAUUGUUAAUUGUGCUGUGUUUAAUUGUCAGUUUUUGCUACGGGUUCCUGAUCUAUGCAGAUGCUGUGCUUUUACGUUCACUGUAGAAUGUGCUGUAGUUUAUAGGCAAACAAUUCUUCCCAGUGGCUUUGGGGGAAACACGUUUGUGUAUUUGCGUGGCAUUGCAAUACUGCACUGUUUCGUGUGUGUAGCCAUACACGGCUUAAACUGAUUAACACCAAAGGUGUGCUUUCACUGGGCAGAGCACUCUGUCUUGGCGCUUCCAGGUGGAAGUCAGCUCCUGUGUACCGAUGUUGAACUUCUUUCGUACCGUUAUGUAGCCAAGCACGCUGAUGGACGGUCCCUGAGCGUUCGGCGGGCAUUUCAGUUUGUUUCAAGACGGCGGUCAUUCUCUACAAAUCAGAUCUUGAAACGAUCUUGACACUGUCCACCUCGUGCUCAGCGAGGCAGCUCCGUGAAAGCGCCCUGUGCCCUGUGGUGAGCUGUGCGCUCACGGGUCGCUCGGUAGAAAAAGCGCUCCGAAGCAUUCCGGGCCAUUAAGCGCAACAACCCUUGCCAGUAUUUGCAUAGCGUAGUGGCACGUAACGCAUCACCUAAUUGAAUACAACGUCGCAUACGCACCCUGACCAAAUGAAUCGUCAACAGCCCUGUGCACUAAUUGUACGUGGCAGAACUGUUAGUUUCUCUACAUGUUCACAUAUCUGACGUUAAAAUAUCCGCCGAAACGUCAGGCCCCAUCGAGUCCAAGAUGCGACAUUAUACCGCUCUACGUAAUGAAAUCUUGAGUAUCCUACACAUUCACAUUGCUUUGAGUGAUAGUGCUGUGCUCGACUUUGUGAAAUUUAACUUUAAUUUCUAACAUUUCACUGUUCACCAAUCCUAACAGCAGAUGAUUUAAACGUAAAUAUGUAUUGGCUUGCAAAUAUAACGUUUAGGCAAUUAUCGUUUGCGGAUCCAUGUGGAUUGUUUCUUAUGCAGUGACCUACUUUGAAAAGAUUUUAAAACAAAGUAAUAUGUUGUAAAUGUUUUUUAUGCCUAAGAAUAACGUUUGCAGAUAUGAUUUCUUCAUUUCGCAUCACUGUACUACUGAUUGUCACUGUAAAUGUGUCCAAGAAUGUCGUGUCUUGUUUUACGUGUGUCCUGGUAAUUCUGCUAACAAGACGUGUGUUGUCAAUGUCAUUUCUGUAUUGCUGAAUUGCCUCUUGUUUAAUCCAGGAUGAGUCGGAUGUAAUAAAAAUACAGGUUCCAUGUGA